AUGAAUCAACAAAGGGCACCGCUUCCGCCACUCCCGACAAAUCCUAUGCUUCCUCCCAAACCAGAGUUUGCCUCUUUCUCGUUUACCGGAGCCAUAGCAAGAAAAACAAGACCUUCAAAGCUUCUUUCUCGAAUAGAGCAGGCGGGCUUACAGAUCGCCUCCGCCUCUGUCCUCAACUCGGCAAGUCCCACCAGCCAACCUAGCGGAGUAAACAGGUCUCUUGACUUCUCGGUUCAAACCUCUACGGAGUUCCCCUCAUUCGCACCCUCGUUCGGGCCAGAUGCUCCUACAGCACCCUUUGACGAAGCAAUGGAGGUUCUCGCACCCGCCCCAGACAGGGAAGAAAUCCAAUCCGUUUCACUCCCAGACACAUCCGGAGAGGUAGCCGAAGGUCACUUGCUCGACCACUGGUCCCGAAACACAACUCUCCUCCGCUGCGACGACAUUGAGCUCCAUGCGAAGCAAGUCACCGACGAGUGGGCGCAGGUAGUUCGUGCUCCUCUGCAAGCUUCUCCCGUCCCAGGUCCCACUCUGUCCUUUUCCUCGCCCUUGGAACAGGAUUCAGGCAACCCGCUUGUGCCGACAAAAUCAGCAUUCCCUCUAUCUUCUUGCUUCUCCGAUACCUUUCAGCCGACCCAGGGUCUCACAAAUCAUACUGCAUACCCCCAACUCGAGACAUCGGCGUCUUCAAGAGUUGAAGGUCGUGAAGAUAAUCCUCUGCCCCACGAAGGCCCUCGCAUGCCGGAGACUAUGGAAGCGCAACCUUCUCUGCCUACCCCGACCAGCCAGGUGGCCGAAGGAUGUGGCAAACCACAAACAGAUGGUCUGAUCGACAAGGAUGUAAAACUUCGUCCAGCCGAUAAGGGUGCCUCCAAUCGACCCACCGAUUCAGCACUGAAUGGACGACCAAGGCUUUCUUUGAACAUUGAAAAGGGCAAGCACAACAUCCAUCGUGACCCGAAUCAUGAGCCAUCUCCGCCUUCUGCAUCCAGCACUACUGCACCAGGUACUUGUGCCAUCAACAGAAGCCCUCGUUUUUCUCCAUCUACUCUUGCCUAUCCUCGAGCGCAGUCUUCAUACGGACAUCAGCUCCGUAGAAGAUCGGCAUCACCACCUCCGCGCAAUUCGAGGUCAUUUGCAUUCUCGCCCUCACGGUCGCACGCCCGUCAGCGAUCUUCGAGCCCGCCUCCCCGCGGUACUUACCGGACUCAGUAUAUGCUGCAAAGUCCACGAUCUCGCAGAAUCAGAGACUCUCCACCUCAUUUAUAUCGUAAUUUACCAUCAUCCACAACUUCUCGACAUUUACCUCCACGCCCUCGACGUUCUUCCCCUCCAUCGAAUCGCCUCGUUGACUACUUUUAUGAACCAUACCGGUCUUUUCCACCGUCCAGGGAUAAUGGACAUGGCCCCUCACGCUUUCCUGAGGCCCCAUUGCCACGUGCUCACUAUGAACGCCCGAGAUCACCAGUCAGAAGCCCAAUAAAGGAGCGCUUUCAACCUUCCAUACAUCGCUCAGAGCAGAAGCUUGGAGACUUUGAACCAAAACGCGAAGACACUCGUUCUACCAGAUAUAGUCCGCUGCAUAAUGUCGGCACUGGAUCGUAUACUCGACCAGAAAACCCGAAGCAAGGCAUAUCCUACAAGCGAUCCAGAGAGGACACAGGUCCUGCACCACAGAAUGACCAUGCUGAGCCGGUUCCCAAGCGUCAGAGAACGGUGCAAACUAUUCAAAGCGAGUCAAUCCCAGCCCUUACCAGUAGUCGAGAUUCACAUAUACCAAACCAGUCCACAAAUAAGUCACAAUCUCAGUCGCGGUCCACCUCUCCCCAAGGUCCCGCCUUUGAAAAAAAGGGAAAGCUCUGGAACAUGUUAGCUGGCGGCUCGAACAGCCCCACUGAAUCAGUUGAUUGUUCCACCCUAACCGGGGUUGGUCCGUCUGCUCCUCAGCAUGUUUGGCCUAUGGAAAGCGUGCCUUUGCAAGAAAGAAUGAAACCCACUAUUCAACAGCCAAUGGGCCAAAUUCCAAAGGCUGGUCUCGCCGAACGUCUUGGUGGUGUGCAAAACACUGAAGUCAGUGUACAGCACACGACUCGUACUUCUCCAAACUCCGCGUCUCUCGUAAACCGCAUCAAUCGAGACGAGCCCUCUGCCAAACCAACCCCGUCCACUCAAAGACGCGCAAAUACCAAGCAGGAGACACUCGCUCAAAGGAUGAGCCUGGAGCAACCAAAUAGUUCUUCUACUCUUAUUUCGCGCCUGAGCUAA